GUUUCAGGAAAUGAUCAGUGUGGUCACUGAACUGAAAGUAUAACAGUCCUCAUGUAGCAGUGGCGGUAUACACUACCUUCAAAUUAAACUUGUGGCAAGGUUUGUGUGAGUGGUCACGUACACAAUAGUCAAAGGGUUCUUGUGGUUUAACUGAGAAUGCUGUUGCUAGAAAAAAAAAUCACAUGAGCUUGUUAUCUUUUCAAAAAAGCAUAAGAUUUUGUUACUACACAUCAACAUCAUUGGGAACGAAAAAGAGUUCAUGUGAAAAGUAACUUUCACAGGGUCCACCAUUUUAAAAAUGUCAUGCACACUUCACAACCCUUGAACUUGGAACGAUCACAGAAAUUCUACCCACAAGUUGUGCUUUUAAAAUGUCAACUCCGGACAUAUGAAAGCUUUCCUUGUAAAGAGUUUGACACAGCAGAGUGAGGUGACUUUAACCUGCCAGGGUGUGAUACAACAGUUUUACAAUUGACUGCAGUCUUGCUAUAAAUUUGUGUCUUUAAAAGCAAUGUAGUUCGACAUUUGUGAUGUAGUAUCAAAUUUACAAGCAGACAACAUGACUUAGGUAAGUAGCAGCAGUAGAACAUGCCUCCCUUCAGGUUUGAACCUGUAAGCUACACAGAGUAUCUUUGCAAUAAUGAAGAUAAAAUAUCAAGACAGAGAGCACAGAGUUGCACAUAAACCAGUAGUAACAGAUUUUUUUUACUACUUGCAGCAGAAACAGUAAAGUUGCAGCCAGAAAAUCAAAACAGUGAGCUAAAAGAUGCUAUCAGGCUCUGCAUCAACCCUUUUCACACACAAGUAGUUGUGUCCAAUCCAUUGUUAAUAUAAAAAUACUGAUUAUAGCUGCUUUAAGAGGUGAAAAAGCUCCAUUGUGAUGUACAUUUACACUAUGAAAAGACAUGUAUCAAUGUGAAAGUAAAAUUGGGAAAUAAAGGUUGAGGUAUGUGACGUGCUUUAUGGCUGUCUCCCCACAAAGUUUCAGCUUCCUUUAAAUACAGUGUAAUACCGGAAGAAUAUUCAAGUUAUUUCAGCAUCUCAGGAGUAUAAACAUCCUCAUUAUAUCUGCUCCAUCACAGUCGAGUGUUUCUCUUCAAACCUUAAAUCUACUUCUGUCUUCACCUUUUUUUGUAGUCAUCCCUUUCUACUCUCUACUUGCUGAUACUUCAACUGUGGCUGUCUUGUCUCUAUCUUGUGUAGUAAUUGUUUGAGAGCAUCAUGUGGGAUUGUAGUGGUUUGACUUUAUGUCAGCAGCUGUGAAGAGUCUCUUCUUAAGCUCGUCCUCUGACCCUCCUGGAUUGAUCUGUGGAAUGUGUCUGAAACUCUUCACCCACUGGAUAGAUUCAAAAUCAAGACACACCUCAAACCAAAAACAACAGGUGAAUUUCCAAUCAGAAAAGUGACAGAAAACUGAAGCAACAAUGAAUGCCACAGCAACAUCAACAGCAACAACCCUAAACUCAACUGAAGCAACAAUGAAUGCCACAAACACAUCAAACUUAACUCAACAGUGUGUUGAUAUUGGUGCAAGUGCCACUAGUGACCUCCUGAUGGCUGUUUACAUCCUGGUUUUUAUCUUUGGUUUGAUCUUCAAUGUGCUGAUGCUGGGUCCCAUUUUUCGAGAAGUGCAGAGGCAAAAUGUUAUGGGCAUCUUCCUGCUAAACCUGUCCCUCUCAGACAUGCUUUACCUCUUCACCAUACCUCUUUGGAUCAAUUAUUACCGACAGGACCAUCACUGGCACCUAGGUGUUACGAGCUGCAGUGUAGCCGGCUUCUUCUACUACUCCAACAUGUACAUCAGCAUCUACCUGCUCUGCUGUAUCUCUGCGCACCGCUGUCUGUUGGUCAUGUACCCCCACCGCUCCAAAACCCACCGUACAUCAUAUUACGCCUGGACACAGUGCGCCAUUGUUCAUGUUGUAGUGGUGGUGCUGCACAUCGUGUGGCUGAUCUAUGACAAUCUCAAAGAUGCCCAUGAUGACAAAAACGACAAUGACCGUUGUUAUGAGACCUAUCCCAUGCAGAGGCCUGUUGCCUUGUUCAACCUGCUCCGAGUGGGCUUUGGCUUCCUGCUGCCCCUGCUGGUGUUGACUGUCAGCUACUGGAAGGUGCUAGCCACUGUAGGCCAAAGUCCCGGCCUGAGUGCCCAGGCUAAGAGGAAGGUCCGCAUGCUGUCUUUUGGGGUAAUUGGCAUCUUCUCAAUUUGCUACGCUCCAUAUCACAUUAUCCUGCUCGCACGCUCACUAGUCUUCUUCCAUCAGGUUCAACCCGAUGGAAGUUACUGCCAGUUUGAACAAAAGAUGCAUUUCUUCUUCUCAUGCACACUGGCACUGUCCAGUCUGAACUGUGUGGUGGACCCUGUGUUGUAUGCAUUAGUCAGUAACGGAGUCCAAGAGGAGGUGACUCUCUGCUGGAGGAGGAAUACAAGGACACAGACAGAGGACUAUGCUCUAUCUACACAUCGCAGAUCACAGCCUAAUAGCAAUUAA